UGGUUAAACUGGGAUUUGGGGAAUCCUGCAGCUUCCCAGGGCUGUUUUUAGCACCUGAACAGGGUCUGCACAUAAAAAAAUGAACAUUUUCCACACAGGAGGGACUUCACUCCCAUCCCAUCUUAUUCCUUUCCCUCACUCUGCCUGUCCUUAAUUAUUUCCCCCCAAGCUUUGUGUGUUUGCCUUGAAUUAUUUUGCUUUGCACCAAUAUUUCUCUGCUCCCUGCUUCUCUCUUUCCACUUCUGUCUGAAAUAUUAAUCUUGUUUAUUAUUAUUAUUAUUAUUAACCUCUCCUCUCUCCAAUCUAUUUAAAAGCUUUCUCACAUUCCCACUUCCCACAGCCCAUUUCUCACUUGACAUUUUUUCUAUUCAGCUGCACUUUGUUUUAACAGCCUCAUUUAUUUACUGCUCAUUUAUUUGUUUUAAUUCCAAAGCUUUUCUUCUUUCUUGUUGUGGGCUGUGUUCAAGGCUUGUUCCCUCUUCCUGCUGAGAAGUUGCAUUUUUCUGCUCGAUUGGCUCCGAGAUGAGCUAGAUUUGGGGGUGAUAAUUCAUUUUCAUUUCGGGAUUUUUGAUGGGAUGAAAGGGAAGGAAGUCUCAUUUUCCAUUUUUCCAGCUGAGUGAGACAACCCUGGUGUUAUACGUUAAACAAACAUGUGGAUUAAUACCUGUUUUCUUCCCUCCCUGCUCCAGCAGAUCCUGUUUCCUGCCUGAUGUUUUUCAUGCCUGUAUUUAUAAAGAAUCUUGCUCAGAGAGAAUGUUUUUUCCCCCAGAUUAUUUCUGAAAUAUUGUUGCUGCAUUAUCUGUCACGUGGGCCUUUCACAUCCUCGCUAAAAGAUGAAAUAGUUCAAGAUUCCUGCUCAAGGUCAGACCAGAGAAGAGAAAGGAAAACUUGGAAAACUGGGGGCUCAUCCCCUCCACCCUCUGGAUGCCGAGACAGAGUCACUGAGGGUUGAAGCUGCUGCUGCAAAAAAGGAGGAACUGGGCAAAGAAAAAAUGAUUAAAAGCAAAAAAACUCCUAACAGGGGUUGGGAUUGGGUCCAGCUUCCCCGGAUUUUGCCGGAGCAGGGCAGGAGUUGGCCUCGCUGAUCCUUUCAGGUCCCUCCCAACCCAAGGCAUCCCGUGAUUCUGUGAUUAAUUUGGGGAAAACAAAGAGCACCUGGAUGUUAUUUCUUCUGUUUCCACGCCAUUUGUGACCUUACAAGCCUUGACCCUGAGCUCCCCUUGGUAAUUUCUCUCUCCAAAGGGUCCUGCCAAGACUUUUUGGCCAGGAUUUCUUUUAUUUCUCAGUCAUUUUCACUCCCAUGUGUAGAUUUUUCACUCCUGCAGGUGCCUCCAUGCACUUUGUGCCUCUCCUGCACCCUGAGUCAUUUGGCUCCUCUGCACCCUGAGUCAAGAGGUGGUGUGGGAGCAGAAGGAGGGAGCCCAGAAAGACUGGAAAGGUCAUGGGGGACUGGAAAAACCUGACAGAGUCCGGAGCUGGUCUCCAGGGAGCAACAAACAUUGUCACCUGGAAACCCUGGAUGGCUCUGGAGGAGAGAAGAACAAAACAAAAGCAUCAAACCCCCAUCCCUGCCUGCACUGUUGGAGCCUCUGAGUGACAUCUCCAGGCAGAAAUAGUGGGAUCAGGGGUGGAACAAAAGGAUCUUUAAGGUCCCUUUCAGCCCAAAUCUUUCUAUAAUUCCAUGAUAGAAGGAAUGCUGCUGUUUCCUGCUUAAAGCAUUAUGUACAAGGGGGAUAAUUCUGAAAGGCUCUGGACAAUCAAAAAAUCUUUCCUUGCCUCCUCUCCCACUUCCCAGAGAUAUUAAGCUCCCAUUCCAUGGCAGAGAGAAAGGAUGGAGGGUGCCAGCAAGCAAGGUGUCACCCCAGCCAUGCCCUGACUCACUCCAGGUUUUGUGGCUCAGCCCAAAAAGGGACUGCCGUGUUUGGAUCAGCACAAUUACCCCCCAAAUUAGCAAUGCAGACACGAGCAGGCCUUGGAAAAAAAAGAUUGGAUGAAAAGGACAGGUGAAAAAACAUUGCUAUCUGCAGCCUCAUAAUAGGUCCCUACGCACAAACACACCCAACACUGAUCACAUCUUGGGUGCUGUCACUGCCCAAACCUCAAAUUAGUGCAAUCAAAGGAAGCCAGGGAUGAGGCAAGGCUGGUAUAAAACCUUCCCGGGGUGCAUCUUCCCACACUGCUCCAGCUCCGAGGGCGCGAGGACCAACCAUGAAGGCUUUUCUGGUGGCCCUGCUGGCUGCAGUCCUGUGUGCCCAGCAAGCUUCCUCCCUGUUUUGCUACAUCUGUGACAAUGAACAUUCCAACUGGAACUGCAUGAAAACCUACAAGUGUGAGGACCAUGAGAAAUUCUGCACGACCACGUACAGCACUGCCGGAUUUGGCAAGGAGGUGGGACACCGCAUCACCAAGAAAUGCUCUGUGGACUGUCCCGAGACCAACGUGAAUUUCGGGAUGGCCGCUUAUUCCACCAAGUGCUGCAGCACCUCCCUCUGCAACUUCAGCGGCGCCAACAGCAUCCGGAUCAACUACGCCGUGGUCCUGCUGGGAAUCGUGGGAAGUUUGAUCUGUGUGCUCAGGGUGGGAUUGUGAUCGGGGCUGGCAGAGGAUUGUGACCACCCGAGAAGCCACAAGGAAUUCCCCAAGAGAGGAACCUCAGGCGAGUGUUUCCAGCAGCGACCCUGUUGUAUUCCAAGACAUUGCUUCAGAUCCCAACAUGACACCUAUUCUUCCCCACUGUUGUUUUAUACUAAUUUUUCCCCAGAAAAGCUCUUUUGAUAGCAAGUGUGUGAUAA